ACAGAUCUCAAUCAGUAAGUGUUCAAUAACACCACAGUUAACAUGUUACUCCUCACUGCAAUCGAGCUAAGCUCAGUUUUCAUAAUUUCCCUACUUUUCGCCUAUUAUCUCUACUACCGCUACUGUUUCAACUACUGGAAAAAACGAGGCGUGCCUCAACUCAACCCGACGUUUCCCGUUGGCGACUUAUCCACCGCUGCGUGGGGCAAAGAAAGUGUGUAUUUGCGUCUCCAGACUCUUUACCACAAAUUCAAGGAUGCGGGGCAUAAAUUCGGGGGUAUUUACUUCCUCAAUGGCCCCAUUUACUUCCCUGUGCAUCCUGAUUCGGUCAAAAGGCUACUAGUGACCGACUUUGACCAUUUUGUGGACCGGGGAACGUACAUAGACGAGGAAAAGUUGCCCUUAACUGCGCACAUUUUUUCAAUGAAAGGCGAACAGUGGAGGAAUGUUCGAACGAAGUUUUCCCCGGUUUUCACUUCCGGGAAAAUGAAGAGUAUGUAUAAUAUCCUAGUCCAAGUGUCGCAGCAUUUGAUCAAAACUCUCGAACCAAUGGCCGAGCAAGGGCUUGAAGUGGAUAUUAAAGAACUUUUAAUGCGAUAUACUACAGACAUUAUCGGGUCGACUGCAUUCGGUGUUGAUUGUAACAGUCUUGAUAACCCCAAUACUGAGUUCAAUCGGAUGGUAGCGAUGAUUUUUAACAACCCGUCGUGGAAAUUGUACAAAAUGGCCCUGGAGGAGGGAUUGCAAAAUCCGGGGAAUAUUAUCAAAAUUGCGCAUGAUAACAAAGUCGUGCAAAAGUACUUCAAUGAUUUGGUGCGGGAUACAAUCGAAUACCGCGAUAAGAAUAAUAUUGUCCGGGACGAUUUUAUGAAUAUUUUGAUGCAAAUGCAGUCGACUGGAAUGGAAUUCAAAGAAAUUGUUGCUCAAGCUUUUCUGUUUUUUACCGCCGGUUUUGAAACCUCUUCGUCGACUAUGAGCAACUGCAUUCACGAACUGGCUCACAAUCAGAGAAUUCAAGACAAGUUGAGAGAAGAAAUCCACGAGAAAUUGGGGCGGGAGUCUUCAAAAUACACCUAUGAUGAAGUUCUAGCCUUACCUUAUUUGGAUAAAUGUGUCAAAGAAACUUUGAGAAAAUACCCACCAGUAGCAAUGCUCAACCGAAUUUGCGUCAAACCGUACAAAAUUCCAGACACUGAUAUUGUGAUAGAUGUCAAUACUCCGGUUAUAGUUUCAGUUUUGGGUCUCCACAGAGACCCGGAAUAUUUUCCGGAGCCGUUAGAAUUUGACCCCGAGAGGUUCAGUAGUGGUAAUAAAGUUGCUCCUUUUACGUAUUUACCUUUUGGUGAUGGUCCUAGGAAUUGCAUUGGUUUGAGGUUUGGCCUGAUGCAAACAAAGUUGGGUCUCGCGACUUUACUCAAUGAUUUUAAGUUUUUCCCAAGUCCUAAAUCGCCUCGACAUUUAGCUGUUGAUCCAAGUACUACCACUCUUGUCUUUAGUGUUUUGAAUGGAGUCCACACAAAAAUUGUUAAAGUGUGACUUUAACUGUACCUUUUAGCAUAUUUUUUUGCUAAAGUAUUUUUCUAAAUAAAGAAAUAAAUAAAUUUUUCUCUU